CUAGUACUAGCCGUUCUAAUUAUUCCUGUGGUACUAGCUAGUUAAACGAGAAGUCUGGCAAAAGCGUGCAAGGACAGUGUUGUAGAUCUAGCUUGUAGCUAGCGGUUUCUUUAUCGAUCGUGAACUCACAACACAGUGGUGUCACAAUGUGGACGUGUAAAAACCUGUGGAAGAAGUUCGCUCCACUCGCCAGAGCCUCUUCAACUUUGUGCCUGCAAAAUGCAAGGGGAGCAGUGUUGAACAAUGAGAGAAGACUUACACUGGUUCCACAGGCCCACAUGUCCUCAGGAGCUCCAGGGAGUGGAGGGGACAACAACUUGUACUACCUCCUAUUUGGAGCAACCUGUGUAGGGGGAGGAUUUUAUGCUUACCGCACCAUCAAAGAAGACAAAGAGCGAUAUCAGGAACGAAUUGAUGAAAUUGCUUCCAGACCAAAUAAGGUAGUCCCAGCACAACCAAUCACAGAGGCCCCAGGCGAACAAGCUGCUGAAACUCCAGAAGAGACCUCUGAGGAGGGUUCUGGCUCUGAACCUAUAGCAGCUGAGAGCGAGGAGAGCUCUGAACCUAUAGCAGCUGAGAGCCAGGCGAGCUCUGAGCCUGUAGCAGCUGAGAGCGAGGCGAGCUCUGAACCUAUAGCAGCUGAGAGCGAGGAGAGCUCUGGGCCUGUAGCAGCUGAGAGCGAGGCGCGCUCUGAACCUAUAGCAGCUGAGAGCGAGGAGAGCUCUGAGCCUGUUGCAGCUGAGAGCGAGGAGAGCUCUGAGCCUAUAGCAGCUGAGAGCGAGGAGAGCUCUGAGCCUAUAGCAGCUGAGAGCGAGGAGAGCUCUGAGCCUAUAGCAGCUGAGAGCGAGGAGAGCUCUGAGCCUAUAGCAGCUGAGAGCGAGGAGAGCUCUGAGCCAAUAGCAGCUGAGAGCGAAGCCCCGCUUUCAGCUAUGGAGGAGAGCUCCCCACCUCCAGAGGAACCAGCCCCCUGUGAAACAACAGAACUAUCUACAGAGAUUACUCCUGUUACGGAAGAUGCUCCUGCGGAAACUCCGGAAGUAACCCCUAUUGUCGAAGAAGUGUCCCCUGAAGUUGCUGCAGUGGAACCAGAGGAUCCUCCCGCCACACCAGAGGUUGAGAUUGCACCUGAACCGGUGGUAGAACCAGCUCCUGAAAAAUCAGUAGAGACGCCUGCUGCUGAGCCAGUAGUUGAGAGUGAAGCAGCACCUGUAGCUGAUUCUGUCUCAGAAGAAGCAGUGGAGCAGCCAAGUUCACCAGCUCCGAGUGAAUCAACACCAAUAGCAGAAUGCCUUCCUGCAGAAACAGCGGCGCCGCAAACUACGACUGAGACGGAGAGUGCUGCGGAACCUGCAACUGUUGCACCUGCCGAGGUCCCUGCACCUACCCCUGAGUUUCCAUCACACGCCCCAUACCUCUUGAUUGGCGGAGGCACGGCCUCCUUUGCUGCAGCACGCUCCAUCAGGGCCAGGGACCCAGGAGCCAGGGUAUUGAUUAUCACUGAUGAACCAGACCUUCCGUACAUGAGGCCUCCUCUCUCCAAGGAGCUGUGGUUCUCUGAUGACCCCAGUGUGGUUGACACCCUGCGCUUCAAACAGUGGAACGGCAAGGAGAGAAGCAUCUACUUCCAGCCUCCCUCAUUCUAUGUCAGUCCUCAGGAUUUGGAGAAAGUGGAGAAUGGAGGAGUGGCUGUGCUCACUGGGAAAAAGGUGGUGCACAUGGACGUGAGGGGGAACAAAGUGACACUGAGUGACAACACAGAGAUCUCCUAUGAUAAGUGCCUGAUUGCCACAGGUGGAGUCCCAAGGAAUCUGCAAGUGAUUGAGAGAGCCGGAGAAGAGGUGACAAAGAGGACUACACUGUUUAGAAAGGUUGAAGAUUUCAAAUCUUUGGAUAAGGUCUCCAGGGACACCAAAUCCAUCACCAUAAUUGGAGGAGGUUUCUUGGGGAGUGAGCUGGCCUGUGCCCUGGGCAGGAGAUCUGCUGAUUCUGACCUGGAGGUGGUCCAGAUGUUCCCUGAGAAGGGCAACAUGGGAAAGGUGCUACCGGAGUAUCUAAGCAACUGGACAACAGCCAAAGUCAAGAGCGAGGGAGUGAAGGUCAUCACAGAAGCGUUGGUUAAAGGUGUCACCUACAAAGAUGGCAGAGUGGAGAUCAAACUGAAGGAUGGUCGCGUGGUGAAGACGGACCAUAUUGUUGCAGCUGUUGGGCUGGAUCCCAGUGUAGAGCUGGCCAAGUCAGCAGGUCUGGAGGUAGACUCUGACUUUGGGGGCUUUCGGGUCAACGCAGAACUGCAGGCUAGGUCCAAUAUAUGGGUGGCAGGUGAUGCAGCAUGCUUCUAUGACAUUAGACUGGGCCGCAGGCGAGUGGAGCACCAUGACCAUGCAGUCGUGAGUGGCCGGCUGGCCGGAGAGAACAUGACGGGAGCCAAUAAGCCCUACUGGCAUCAGUCCAUGUUCUGGAGUGACCUGGGGCCUGAUGUAGGCUAUGAGGCCAUUGGGAUAGUAGACAGUAGCCUUCCAACGGUUGGAGUAUUUGCCAAAGCCACUGCUAAGGACACCCCCAAAGCUGCCACAGAGAAGUCCGGAACUGGAAUCCGUUCGGAGAGUGAGACUGAGGGGACGGCCAGUAGCCCUGUAGCCUCCUCCACCCCUGAACCCCCUCCAGUAUCCCAGCAGAAGGACGACUACGGGAAAGGAGUGAUCUUCUAUCUGCGAGACAAAGUGGUGGUGGGCAUUAUCCUGUGGAACGUGUUCAACAGAAUGCCCGUCGCAAGGAAGAUCAUCAAAGAUGGAGAGGAACAUGCCGAUCUGAAUGAAGUGGCUAAGCUCUUCAACAUUCACGAGGACUGAGUCUUCUCUACUCUGGGGAGGCUGAGCCUAUGCUGGGAGACGUAUGCUGUCACUACUCAUAAAGGCUUUGAACUUUCACAGUCAUCGCCAGGCUUUGGCAGACCCUACUAUGAUGAUGCACUUGAAAAGAAAAGGGAGAAUCUCUGGACACAAAUUUACUCUGUACAUUUCAUGUCGCUGGAAUAUUUUCAUGUUUGUAAUUUCUAUCACAUGCAUGUGUUUUUUUUCUUAUUGUCUAUUCAAGAUAGUGAGUAGAAAUAUUCACCAUGUAUAUCAGUCUAAUCAUUCUAUAUAGUAUAAAAGCCGCCCCCAUGUCCCCAGAUCUAUUCUGUUGCGUUUUGUGAUCAAGGUGAAAUUGUCCAUCUCGGGAAUACAGGGGACAGUGUACAAGCCUAACAACAUACUGGUAUGUGGAGGUUGUUUUUCAGUGUGAUCAGAGCAGCUCAUAUUGUUAGGCUGCAAUAAAAAUAUUUUUUAAUAAAUGA